AUGUCUCAUUCAAUUGGUGUCGAAAAGUAUGCUAGCUGGAGUAAAGAAGAAUUAAUUGCAAAACUACUAAAUUAUGAGACUGGUCACCAAAUUCAACGCGAUUCUAUUUUAACAACCAAAACCACGGUAGCUUCUAUAUCAUGUGACAACACAACUCUUAAAAAACCUAGCAAAAAAAGUCCUCGGCCGUUUGAUAUAUCAAAAUAUUCAAAGAGGCAUAUAGCACUCAAAAUAGCAUAUUUUGGCUGGAAUUAUCAUGGUUUUGCAGCGAAUAUUGACGAACAAAAUUUUCCAACUAUCGAAGGACACUUGCAUUCUGCUCUCUUGCGCUCAAGAAUGAUAUCGGAUCCUACCAAUUGUAAUUUUUCUAAAUGUGGCAGAACAGAUAAGGGCGUUAGUAGUUUAGGACAAGUUAUUGCUCUAGAUGUUAGAUCAAAUCUUCCACGAGAUUCUCCUCUUGUAUUGCCAACUAUAUCAAUGGAUGAUAACACACCCAAAGAGCAAGAUGAUGUUAAAGGUGAACAAAAAUUGAUUGAAGAAAUUCCUUAUAUUGAAACACUCAACCGUUUACUUCCAGACGACAUAAGAAUAAUUGCUUGGGCAUCAAUAAAUCCUGAUUUUAGUGCAAGACACAAUUGUCGUUUCCGACAUUACAAAUAUUUUUUUGUAAAAGGAAAUUUAGACAUUGAUUUAAUGCGCGAUGCAGCAAAUCGGUUCCUUGGAACUCAUGAUUUUCGUAAUUUUUGUAAAAUUGAUGGGGCAAAACAGAUCGAUAACUUUGAUCGUACAAUACUUCAUGUAGGUAUUGAUCUAGUACAGGAUCAACAAAAUUUUUCGACAGAUGAAUUUUAUGUGUUUAACUUGAAAGGAACAGCUUUUUUAUGGCAUCAGGUUAGAUGUAUGAUGGCGAUUUUGUUCUUGGUUGGUCAAAAACUGGAAGAGCCUUCUAUUAUAAAUGACCUUUUAGAUAUUAAAAAAACACCAGCGAAACCAAUUUACAAUAUGGCUAGUGAGUUGCCUUUAGUAUUGUACGAUUGUCAAUAUGACGAUGUGAAAUGGUGUUACGGUCGAGACGAUAAUAUGUUUAAUACGCUUUCUAAACUUUAUAAACACAUUUACGAACAAUGGUAUGUUCAUGCUACAAAAUCUUUACUAUUUUCAACAUUAUUGAAUGAUCUUGGCAAUACGUCUUUGAAAAAAUUUAUUCCCCCUGGACAAGAAUUACAAGAUUUCACUACAAACAUCGAACAAACGCUCAAAGAAUUAGUUUCUUCUGAGAUUAAUAUGUCAUCUGGUAACUUAUCGAACACUAUUACUGGCGGCGGUAAGGAAUUGAGAGUUCGAAAUUAUGUAAAAAUUGCAAAUCGUGAGACAUGUGACUCAGUGGAAAGUAAAAAUGAAAAAUAUAAAAGAAAGAGAAUUAAAUUAGAAUGA